UGCAUCUGUUGUUCAUGCUUCCCUUGGUGCUCGAGGUCCAGUCCAUCUCCACGAGCCACAACAUAACCAAUGACUGCACCUGCUACGAGGAGCUCAAAAUCGCCAACUGUUCCAGCAGGAAUUUCGCCCACCUCCCCACCGCUCUUCCACCCUUCACCGAACAACUGGACCUGUCCCUCAACCACCUGAGUGCCAUCCAGCCCCGAGCCUUCCACAGCACACGAAGACUUCGCAUCCUGCUCCUGAACGACAAUGUGAUAGCUGUGCUAGCUGAUGGCGCGUUCUCUCUCCUGGAAGGACUGCUGAGGUUGGACCUGAGCCGAAACCGAAUCGCAUUCCUGAGUGAAGGAUUUUCGCAGGGUCUCGGUUCUCUUCGAGAUCUGUCACUGACGGAGAACCGACUGACCAGCUUGGACAGCAGUUGUUUCGUCCACUUUGACGCCCUCCAAAGACUCAACCUCAGCCAUAAUGCUAUUGAGACCAUCAAUAUGAGGGCGUUUGGGUCCAUGAGUACCCUUCGCCAGAUACACCUCAACUCAAACCAUUUAACGGUUCUUAAAAAUGGCAUCUUCUCCAUGUUACGAAACCUCGAAGUCUUGAAUUUACAUCACAACCAGAUAAACUACUUGGACGUUGGCGCGCUUUCGCCAUUGACCAGUCUCGCUCUACUGGACCUAACCAACAACAACCUCUCCACGAUUCAGUUCAUGACCUUCCUGAGUCUCAACACGUACAGCACUCACAUAAUGCUCCAAGGAAACCCGUGGAAUUGCGACUGCGAUCUGCAGCGAGUCUUCCGGAAGCUAUGUAACGUCAAGUGGCUCUUCCUGGAUGACUACGAUAACCUCACAUGCGUGAAUUUGGAUGAAAGUCACAGGAACUACACGAUGAAAGAGGAGUUCUGCGUUGCAGAGAUGGUUACUGUCCUGGUCAUCACCAUCACGGUGGUCAUCACUGUUGUGGGUGCUAUAGUCAUGGCGGAGAGGAAAAGGAAAAAAAAGAACAAAGAAAAGCAUUGGACAGAAAUCGGGGAGUUGUCGUGCACAACGCAAGUCUGAACCAAUGCAGAUAAUAUAAAAAGGAACAUUAAACUCAUACUUGUAUGAUAUUAGGCUUUAGGUUGUAAAAUUCAGGGUUUCUGCAAAUUUCAUGAAGGUAUAUCUUUAAAACCAAGUUAAAAAAUUUAAGGAAUAAUUUGAAUGGAACACAAUACAUUGACAUGGUCCCUAAAUGUUAAUGUCUUGUAUUCUUAAUACUUCACAGCUUGGAAAUACAAUUUCCAACAGACCUCCAUUGCUUUUUAUUUGUUUUUGUUUUGUCAUAUUUCAGUAAUUCUGCUCCCAACCAAUAGAAUAUGGAAAUAACUUUUACUUUACCUUCU